CUAUGUUCUCCAUUCAAAGAAAUGAAAUAAAAUUUGUUAGGUCUUGAAAACGUAGAUCUAGACUUUACAACCCUUCCUAACAAGGCGAACUAAAUUCUAGUCUAGAUCUGAAAAUUUUAUUGUUUUAUACACGAACCUAGAACUAUUACUAUUGACUAUUUCAGUUUCAGUAUUUGAAACUAUUUCGUCUAUUAACUCUAUAAUAAUCUAUUCCUACAAACAACAACAAAACAAAAACAACGCGUUAACAGAGGACUGAGAGAUUCUAGUCUAGUAACCACAGUCAAGAUUUAUCAUUUAAUCAACAGUUUGCAAGUACUGGUCUGGAAGCAGGCCUUUUAUCCACUACAGCUAACUAAGAGUAGCUAUUGUUAUUAGCAGCACAAACAGCCACUGAGAAAUCUAUGCUGUUACUAACCUAGAUUGUCCUAGAUUGACCUAGAUCAAGAUAAUAAAAUGUCAAUAAUACAAGUAAAGGGGGGAGGUGGAACCACAGCUGUGGACAGAACAUCAUUUGUUGGAACCAGGAUCCCACCAGAGAUCCAAGGAAUGAUCAAACAUUUGGCAAAGUUGGAUAAAGUGACUUUCACCAAAAUUUUAAAAGUUGUUGUAGGAGCAAUUCUGGGAUCUGAAAUCAGUCCUCAAAGUCUGAAGUCUAUUAUCAAAGAUAAUAUAACAGAAGAAGUGUUUGCUUUCUUGUAUUGUGGCAUAGACAAACUAGUAAAGCAAGCUAUGAAGAUUCCAAGUACUUCAUUAAAACAAGAGUAUUUCAUUCAGGAUCUUCAAGAACUUCAAAUUCCAGCAGAAUUUCAUGAAGAUUUGGUCUCUUGUGUUUUUGGGUCAAUGCGUAGCCAGCUUGAUCAACAUUUAGUAUCAGCACGACCAAGAUUACCUUCCCUUGAUCAUCUUGACUGGAGAGUAGAUGUUACCAUUUCAACAGGUGUGUUAAACAGAGUUCUUGUUCGUGGUGUAACUAUGGAUAUGACUCUUUCUGAUGGCAGUAUAAAAAGUUUUGAGAUGACAGUUUCCAAAUUUCAAGAUCUCAGGUUCCAAGUUGCGUCAGUUUUGAGUGAAAUGGAGAAACUUGAAAAGCGCAGCAUUUUAAAAAUAAAGGAUUAAUUUGGUGUUACUGUACAGAUAAAAAAAAACAAUUCUUUGCAUUCGUUUUAUUGUCCAUUCAAAGCUGUUGAGUGUUAGUUAAAAUUAUCUAUUUUUUUUAAUUUUUUUUUUUUUAUUCUACUACAAAAGUUUAUUAACAUGUAAGUUUUCAUAAGUUUUCAUGUAAUUUCAUAUAUUUCAAACAAUCAGCAAGUUUACUUACACGUAGAUUACAACAAAUAAAAAUAGGACAAUUUUUACACAAACAAAAAUAACAUUGUCACUAAUGUAGUGUGUUAGAAUGACGUACUCCUUUGUGACAUAGGAAAAUUGUUGAUCAAACAUUUCAGCUCAUUUUUCAUUUAGUAAGUUAUUUCUGAUACUAUGAAUUUUUGUGUAUUUAGAUUCAUCUCUAUUCAUUAGUGUAAGUCAAUGCAGUGAAAAGUAGUUUCCUUUUUCAGGCUCGCAGGGGGAGUGAAGAUGUGAAAUCAUAUUGUUGUAUGCUUUAUAUGUCUUUGCCAUGUUUACAUGAACAAUUAAAUACUUUGUAACUAUAUAUAUAUAUAUAUAUAUAUACAGCAUAUAUAUAUGUGCUGACUGUGAAUAGAAAUGAAGUCUUUGACAUUUUUUUUUCUGUUUGGUGCUUUCAAUGACACUGGGAAGUAAAAAUUGAGCAUGAGAAUAUUGUGGCGAAAGAAUUCUUGUUAACUUGCAUUAACUUAGUCUGAUCAAAUUUGGCGAAAUAAAACGUUUAAAAAAAGAAACAGUUAUUUUAUUCAAACACGAAGCACUGAUUACAAAUAUAAAUUGUAAGAUUUUCAGACAUAUUACUUUGAUUACAAAGAAAAUCCUAAAAAACAAAAAUAGAAAAGUAGACUGGUGCGUAGGAGUUAAUAGUAAUGGGGAAUAUCUUGACGUGAUGGUAGCAUUAAAACAUUCAGCGGAAAUAGCUUAGUGACAGAAAUAACGACAGUUGUUCUAAAGACGGGUUCUAUUAGUUCUUCCUGCUGGAAUUAAAGAAAUAAAGUGAGAUGUUAGAUGCAUUUUUCAACUUCAUUGCAUUAAAUUACCAAGUUUAUAAACUC